AGGGACUGUGGGGGCCAGCAGGGUUAUAUAGUUAGAACGGCUUCCUCUCUGCCCCUGCUCUGUGUGUCUGUGUGCUCCGGUUUCUGCUGGCCCACUCUUAAAUCUCUGUGCCUCUCUCAGUCUCUCUCACUCCAACGAAAAUGAGUGUCAAACGAAGCAGCGUCAGGGGACCUGGUAGUGGGUACAGCCACUCCAUCAAUCUCAGCUCUGCUGCUCCCACCUACCGGGCCGCCAGCACCUAUGGUGGGGCUGGGGGUCAGGGGACCCGCAUCUCCUCUGUGUCCUACUCGGGCGUGCGCAGCGGGAUGGGAGGGAUGGGGAUGGGAGGCUCCGGGGGCUCCAUGUCCAGCAGCAUCCAGGUGAGCACCAGCGGGGACACCGCCAACAUCAUGGGCAAUGAGAAGUUUGCCAUGCAGAACCUCAACGACCGUCUGGCCUCCUACCUGGAGAUGGUGAGGAACCUGGAGCAGGCCAACGGCAAGCUGGAGCUGAAGAUCAGAGAGGCCAUGGAGAAGAGAGGCCCAGAUGUCAACGACUACAGCCGCUACAACGCCAUCUUGGAUGACCUGAGGAAGAAGGUGAGAGAACUGAGUGACAUUUGAUUUGAUUUGAUUUGAACUGUGGGAGGAAGGAGGGUACUAUUGGCUAAUAUUAGAGAUGCUGGAGAAUCUAUACUAUAGAGCUUUAGGGAAGUAAUAUAUCUUUCAAAUGCAAGUUCACUGUCCUAGAAUGGCUGACCCAACGGAAAAGAGAGUAACAGAGUGUCAGAAUGUAGUUUGGGAGUGAAAGAGGGAACACAGUGGCCCUACUUCAUUUCCUUGUCAGGUUCUUCCCCUAGGUAUUAAAGAACCAGGUCAGCUGGUUUGUUCAUUCGAGCCGUGCUGAUCAGUUAUGGCAGUGUGUCAGAAUCUCCAGGCAGAAAGCCAAAGGGCAGACAUAAAGCAAUAAGAAGGGGAAUUCCAAGGGGUUCUGCUGGCUGACUUUCAACAUGGCCAGAGUUCCAGGUCCAGCUAGCUUUUUUGGGACACAGAGAUGGUUAGCAACAAGUUUCCCCAUGAAUGCAAGGAUAGCUGUUACAGUUCUAGAUAAAGUUCAAGAGGUUGUUUUUAUAUUGUCUCUCUGCUUUGGUGAGUGUAUAAAAGUUAAAUGGAAAUACAAUUCGCUACUAUUGAUGAGAGAGAAGGGAACUCACACCUUACAGUACUAUUUUAUGGUGUGGUCCUCACUUUUAGGGUGGAGCAUGGUAAUGAGUUUUGGAGUCAAUGUGCGCCAUUAAAAAGUUGUCCAUCUAACCGUCUAAGCCAUUCAAUUCCCAUUCAUCUGACAGUGUUGCAUUCAUAUUUACACUGAAUAAUUGACAUAUGGGUUUGUAAUGCCUUUAUGUGUGUACACUGUGGGGAAAUUAAUGACAUUCUGUGAGUCAUCCAACUGUAAAUGUUUAGAGCUGAUGAUACUUCAAAAUCAGCUAAUUAUCUGGGUGGAAAAUACUGUUAGAAAUCUCAAAAAUAGUCAAAUUAUAGGCCUACUGCAUUUGCAACAAGUUACUGUUGUAUUUUACAGUAUACAGCAAAUCCUUCUUUAUACUAUAUUACAUUUUUUAUAAAAUAUAUAUAUCCAAAAAACUAUUUCCAUUGGAUUCUGGAACAUUCCAGUCAUCCUACUGUGGUUUGGCCAUUUGGACCUUGCUGGAGCAACAUGCCAAAGUCAAACAACCCUUAGUGACAGAGUAAUAACUAUGCAAAAUAUGGAGAUUAUAUGGUAGAUGUCAGAUACCAAUAGUGAAAGACAAAAUGCAAAUAGGACAAGACUAUCAUUACAGCAUUCCUAUUGCUUUGUCCCUUUGAAAAUUGACAUUGAACUUAGCCUUGAAAGAAAGUAAUGGUAAAAGGACCAUGAGUGGUUUUAAAUAUUUGUUUAGUCUGCUGCUCUGGUUAUGGCUCUCAUUAUGAAGCCUUACAUAAAGGGUUAGGGGAGGAAGGGAGUUAGGGCUGAUGUUUGCCUUGCUAUUAAUGCUUGCCUUUGUUGGCUUUACCAACUGCCCAUGGUGUCUAAUCGACCCCCAACUCAAUAGAUUAUAGUCCCAACUGGUUUAUUUUUCAUUGUCAUGAGACCGGGAUGUGAUUGCUAGUUCAAAUGUCAUCCUUUGAAAAACAAGGCUUAUCUUGCCAGGAACAACAGGAAAUCCAACCCAGUAACCAUCCCGCACACACACACACACACACACACACACACACACACACACACACACACACACACACACACACACAACUCCCACCUGAUGCAAAUCCGCUGCCUUCUUCCUGACACGUCAACUAGCUCACCAGCAGUUUGGCUGUUUGUUAAUGAUUGCCCAGAUUUUGUAACCUGCACGCAUCCAUCCCCACCCUUCUCUACUGUACCAUGGAGAGCAAACACUGUGGCUGUGGGGCAGCAGGCCUUCAUGGCUCCUGGCUGCCACUGUCUUCCAGUUCCUAUACCUGCCUUUUCACUUUGAUACUCCUUACACAAAAGUAUUGAAACUGUUGUGGAAAAAAAAUGAAAUUGAAAGCGUGUUGACUUUAAACUCAUUCCUCCUUCUCAUUGGUAGGUGUUUGGUGCCACAACAGACAACGCCCGUCUGUGUCUUCAGAUCGACAAUGCCCGCUUGGCUGCUGAUGACUUCCGGGUGAAGUAAGUAAUGCUUAGUAGAGCACAAAACCAUCAGAUGGUUGCUGACACACCUUAAUGAACGGCAGCAUGAUGAACGUCCAAUGAAAACAAAACAAAGACAGUUGAUUUGCCAUAUUAUCUUCAUACCCUCCAUACUAUGCUUUAAAGUGACACUUUAGAGAAUAUUCCACCAUAGCUCUCCAGGUCACUGUAUCUGAGGCAGUUUGCUGUGUGUCUUGCAGGUUCGAGUCCGAGCUGUCCAUCCGCCAGUCUGUUGAGGCUGACAUCGUUGGCCUGAGGAAGGUAAUUGACGACACCAACAUGGGCCGCAUGAACCUGGAGAGCGAGAUCGAAUCUCUAAAGGAGGAGCUCAUCUUCCUGAAGAAGAACCACGACAACGUAAGCUCUUCAUGACCCAACCCAACCCCACCCCUCAACCACCAAACCAAUAUAAUACACAUGACCCAACCCCACCUCUCUUGCACCACCAAAAUGUAUAUUUACCAUCUUCCUUGUCAUUACAAUGGCUUAGCAAGAGCAAGACCUAGCAUGCCGACAUAGGAGACAAAGUCAACCUUACUGUAUAAACAGGGGUGUUUUGUGUGAGAACCUUUGGAUUUAGUCAGGGUGCAGUAGGUGCGGCGCACCCAUAGGGUUCAUCCAGGGGGCCGCUUGAGUACCCAAACAAACGGCCUAAACACGGACGCUGACUUCAGUCUUGAAAACAUAUUGCUUAAUGAAUGUUAACGUUGUUGUCCUUCUGGCCCAACAGGAGGUGAUGGAGAUGCGUAACAUGAUCUCCCAGUCUGGAGUGCAGGUGGAUGUGGACGCUCCUAAGGGACAGGACCUGGCCGCUAUCAUGGCUGAGGUCCGGGCCAAGUAUGAAAAGGAGGCCCUGAAGAACCAGGAGGAGCUCAAAGCAUGGCACGAAACACGGGUAACACCUACCAGCUUAAUAAUUUGAAAACAGUGCUGACUUUAGAGUGUACAGCCACAGAAACACCUACUUAACCAAUGAUUUUUAAACUGACAUCUAUAUCCUCUGUCCCUUCCAGAUCACAGAGGUGCAAUCUGUGGUGUCACAGAACACAGAGGCCCUGCAGGGCGCACACACAGAGAUCAACGACCUCCGCAGACAGCUACAGACACUGGAGAUCGAGCUGGACUCACAGAAGAGCAUGGUAAGAUCCCUCAAUAAUACUAUACUCACCCAGCCAGUGUGUACAAAAGACAUCACAGCAUUUAUUUUUCAUUUAACUAGGCAAGAACAAAUUGUUAUUUACAAUGACGGCCUACCCCGGCAAAACCCUGGCCAAUUGUGCGCCGCCCUAUGGGACUCCCAAUCACUGCUGGAUUGUGAUUCAGCCUGGAAUCGAACCAGGGUCUGUAGUGACGCCUCUAGCACUGAGAUGCAGUGCCUUAGACCGCUGUGCCACUUGGGAGCCCAUAGCAGCAAUGCAAUUGGUUAAGUUCAUGUUAAUUUACAAGUCCAACCACCUGUCCUGACUGUCUUUCCUCUUCCUCUCUCUAACAGAAAGGUUCUCUGGAGGGAACCCUGCGCGACACAGAGAUGCGGUACAACAUGGAGAUGGAAUCCUUGAACAGCAUCCUCGUGGGUCUGGAGUCUGAGCUGACCAACCUCCGCUCCAGCAUCCAGCAGCAGACACAGGAGUACGAGCACCUGCUCAACAUCAAGAUGGAGCUGGAGGCGGAGAUCGCCACAUACAGGAGACUGCUGGACGGAGGAGACAACAAGUGAGUAAGACAGAGGGUGAGAGAGCCUUAAUUGGUGUUACAUGUGUACUUCCUACCAAUUAAGCAGACCUGAGAAAGAUAACGAGGUUUGUUGUCGGCAAGAGCCUAUUGUGGUAAAUAAUAAUCUAAGGGCCAUUUUCUAUCUUGGAGGCAAAACAGUUGUGAAACUCUCUCCCACUCUCAGGCUCCAGUUGCUCUGGAAGACCAGCGGACAGUGAAGACAAAGGUGAUCACACAGACCCUGGUGGACGGGAAAGUUGUCUCCUCCAGCACAGAGACCAAGGAGAGGAACCUGUGA